AUGUUGGCGCCGCUCCCGAAGCCCUCCAAACCCUCGGGGGCUUUUAAUUUGUCUCUUUUUGCAAGACGGCGUCGGCUCUUCCUUCGGCUGCUGCUGUUCCUGUGUCUCGUUUUGCUGCUAGUAGCAGCAACGUUGCUGCUGCUGCUGCUGCUGCACAGCAGCAGAAGCAGCAGCAGCAGCAGCAGCCCCGUAUCCCCCUUUCUGACCGACAGCUUAUCUUUGGGGGGCCCCCGCAGCAGCUCGAAAGCAGCAGCAGGGGAGCUUCCAGAGGGGCCCCCAGCAGCAGCAGCAGCAGCAACAGAAGCAGCAGCAGCAGCAAGCUUUCGAAAGUCGCAACGGUUCUACAAAGCAGCAGCAGCAGCAGCAGCACAAGGGGGAGUUGUGCUGCAGUGGAAUGAGAGCACCAUUCGGCUGCUGCGGGAAUCAGCAGCAAGAGAGGUGUUCUUCCUUUUCUAUGACCCAGAUCCAGCUGCUGCUGCUGCUGCUGCUGCUGCAGUGCAGCAGCAGCAGCAGCCGCAGCAGCAGCUGGAGGACCCCCUAGCGGUAUUCCAGCGGCUCGCUGUGGAAGCAAGCCGCCAGCACCAGCAGCAGCACCAGCAGGACCACCAGCAGCAGCCGCAGCAGCAGCAGCAGCAGCAGCAGCUGCUGCUGUUUGUGACUGUGGCGCGCCAAGACAUGCACCGGCUUUCUUUCUUUUUGCCCGAAGGCCUCGAGCUGCUGCUGCCAGCAGCAAUUAUAGUUCGCCUGGAUUGCGGCUGGCAGAAGUUUGCUGCAGCAAAAGAAGACCUCUUCAGCUUCCCGCAAAUGCGGCACUUCCUGCACAACUACCGAAAGGGUCAGCAGCAGCAGCAGCAGCAGCAGCAGCAGCAGCAGCAGCAGGGGUGGCAGCAGCAGCAGCAGCAGUGCAGCAGUGGUAGCAGCAGCAGUGGUAGCAGCAGCAGCAGCAGCAGCAGCAAGGACAGUUUGCUGCCGCCGCUGCUGCGGAGCGAGGGUUUAGUAGCAGCAGCAGCAAAGGAGGGUCUGGCGAGCGAGGACGUGCCUCUUCCGGGUCUUCGCGUAGAGCGCGUUCCGCACGUGAUAUUUGUGGUGCGGUCCCCAAACCCUAAUUUAGGGUUUAGUUCAGCUGCUGCAGCUGACGAGGCGUCUCGCGAUGCUGCAGAGGCAGCAGCAGCAGCCGCCAGCAGCAGCAGCAGCAGCAGCAGCAGCAGCAGCAGCAGCUGGGGCGUGGGGAUGGGCCUCAGCAGCAAAAAGAUCUUCACUUUCUCGCAUGCAGCAAAAGACACUUUAGAAUAUGGAGAAAAGUUUUUGCUGCAGCACGCUGCAUGCAGAAGCAUCAACUUGGAAGCAAAGACGGACUGCAGCAGCAAAGACAACGCUGACCUCUGA